GGCGACGACGAGAGACUAGGGUUUGCUACAGUUUGAUCUCUCUCUUCAUCCUUUCAAACAAACUUUGCGAUUUUGCUUCAGAAUCAUCUACACGCCAAACGUCAAUAGAAUGGGACUUCUGAGCAUCAUUCGAAAGAUCAAGCGGAAAGAAAAAGAAAUGCGCAUUCUUAUGGUUGGCCUUGACAACUCAGGCAAGACUACCAUUGUUUUGAAAAUCAAUGGCGAAGACACCAGCGUCAUCAGUCCCACACUUGGAUUCAACAUCAAAACCAUCUCGUAUCAGAAGUAUACACUAAAUAUAUGGGAUGUUGGGGGGCAAAAAACCAUAAGGUCUUAUUGGAGGAACUACUUUGAACAAACUGAUGGCCUGGUGUGGGUUGUGGACAGUUCUGAUAUUAGAAGGUUAAAUGACUGCAGAUAUGAAUUGCACAAUCUUUUGAAAGAAGAGAGGCUAUCAGGAGCAUCAUUAUUGAUUUUUGCUAAUAAACAGGACAUACAAGGUGCCCUUUCUCCAGACGAAAUAGCUAAAGUGCUUGAUCUGGACGCUAUGGAUAAAAGCCGGCACUGGAGAAUCGUGGGGUGUAGUGCGUUUACGGGAGAAGGGCUUCUCGAGGGAUUUGAUUGGCUGGUACAGGAUGUCGCCUCUCGCAUCUUUAUGCUUGAUUGAGUGUCUCUGUGUCUCUGUUUUUGCCUUGGUGUACAAAUGAGGUAUGCCCUUUCGUGUACUCUAGCAUUGCCCUUGUUUAUUUGAUCUGUCAAAAACACAUACCACAGUCAUGUUUUAUGGAUCUCUCCUUAUCGACUCCCGGGAGUUAAUAUUUGGUAGUUUAUUAACCAUCAUGGAAUUAUUGGGAGAAUGUUAUUUUCUGCAAGAAUUUUCAUUUAUACUUUUACAAUCAAACCAAUUAAACUUUGACUAAUAAU